AUGAGGGAGGCUAACUGGGAAAGGGCACUGACUGUUGCGAAUUGCCUUGGCCGACCAGACAGCCUGAAGGUUUUCCGUUCAUUAGAGGCUCUCGAGCAAGAUAUCUUCGGGGCAAGCAUUGCAAAAAUUCUCACGGGUGAAUUGGUGCCUCCUCAUACCUGCAAAGUCGACACAAGCCCGUCCUGCCAACAGCAAGGUGACGCUAGACGGUAUCUGGCGCAAAUGUGCAACAAGCGACAGCAUUGCCGGAACAAGACUGUAGGAAAUUCUGGUCAAGAAGUUACUCUAAAAGAGUUGCAAGAUCACCUUCACCGUUAUCGUAUUGUUCUGAUAGAUGACCACUAUUGUGGGCCGAUUGUCUCUGCAUUUGGUCUGCCUCUCCUUCUAGAGUUUGUCCGCACGCACACAUGCCCUGCAUGCUGUCUGGUGCUUCCGAGGCGCUGGCAGACCUUGGUAACGCCGGUGUCGUGUCCCCCGCUAGUGCCUAGUGGUCAGUACGCAAAAGUUGUGGAGGGGGAAAGGCCUAAUGAGCUACUAAUUAGGCGAUUUGCUCAGAGCGGCCGCGCCAUGAGUGGCGAGUCUGUUCGGUUGGAAGAUGUAGCACUAAGUGAUCGUUUUUGUGUAUUUGAAAGCUUCGAGCUCGCUUCCCUGACCAGAUGCUCAUACAAGGAUCCUGCAAUGGCACAUAAUGUUUCGUGUAAGUAUGCGACAACCGAAAGUGCAACUCUUCUUGAAGGAAACAGGACUGAAAGCAAGGACGCAGGAAGGUGCACGUUUCACGAUGAAGCGUGGAGACGCAACUGCCUUCCCUGUGCCAGAGACAGACAGCUUAGUUGGUCCAAGGAGAGACAGACCGUCGUCAACGGCAGUGCCGUCUGCGGUAUCGAAGUCGCGGGACCAUGCGCGGGUUUGAUUAUCCGAAGCUACAUACUCGUUGAUGAGGGUAUUUCUUUAGCUCCCAGUGCACCAUUGAUGGUUUUUCUCCCAGAGGAGGUUUAUCUCUCGACGCAUCAUGUUGUGAUGCUUGGCCCUGAUGACAAACGCUGGAAAAUCAUUGAUGCAACAGAGCACAGAGGAGCUGACUGCGAAGAAGAGUCUCUGGAAAGCGGAUGCAGUGAUGAUUUGCUGGGAACCAUUCGGGAACCAGUGAACGUGAUAUGA